AUCAGUAGCAAAUCCAACGGAAAACAUCAAAUAGACACAAACAAAAGCCAAGAGAAUGAUGAUCAUGAGGCAAAGCAGAGUCAUUUCGGCGGUGGUGUCCCUGAUUCUCUUGUCGGCGCUAAUGGCGGCGACGACGACGGAGUCGACACGCAUCGCGACGACGCAGCACUGGCACUGGCCAUGGGGGGCCCGCACGAGGGUGACAAUAAAGAACGUGAUCUCGGGAUGGAGACAACUAAAAGUACACUGCAAAUCUGGCAACGACGAUCUCCACGUUCAGGUGUUGAAUCCAGGUGAGGGUUAUCGUUUCAAGUUCUGGCCGAACGUCCAAGGAACCACGCUGUUCUAUUGCUACUUUAAUUGGGGGGAGGGACUUCGCCGGUUCGAUAUCUACGAUUUUGACAGGGACUCGAAGCGCUGCAAGACGUGGUGCCCAUGGGACAUCAAGGAGACUGGGCCGUGUUUGACCAACGGGGAAUUUACGUCUUGCUAUCAGUGGAAAAAAUAAAGCGGAUAUCUUUUUUUAUAUAUAGAAUAAGUUAGUGAAAUAAGUAGUAGAGGUUGUUGGAGAUAGAGUUAUGAGGUGGGUUUACAUUCUUUCACGUUUGAAAUUAUGGUCUGAAUUUAAAUAAUAGACAGGAUGUUGCGCGCAUUAAUAUCGUUUCUAAUGCGUCGAGAGAACAAAUCUACUUUACUCCUACGAAUACUAAUAAACUGAUUUAUAGUUC